ACUCCAAGGAACGGUGACCCACUGUUGAUUGGGUGAAGUAUUGGAAUAAGUAUUGGUGCUGUUGUUAAACGGUGAUGUGACCCUUCAUUGUAUGCGUGUUGCCGUGGUGAUGGAUUCCAACUCGAAAUCAAAAUACAAACAGGAAAAACCCGGCAAAAACACACGCAAAGCAGCGAGCGUGCGCGUUGAUUUGAUCUGAUGAGUGUGUUUUGCCACCAUCGACGUGUUUGUUUAUACGAGAAGUGGUAACAAGCCAGUUCACCAAUGUCGCUCAAUCCAAGCAUCAACAAAAGGGUGAGUUCGGUAGUUUGGAACUGGUGGUGAAGUUGAGAGUACUAACACCAUACAGAACAGAUCGAACGCUGCUGAUGAAGCGUCUCGAGAGGUUAAGAGAUCACAAACUGUGAUGAAAGAGCCAUUGGCGCAUCUUUUCAGUUUGAUUUCAGGUGCGUCGCAUAUUGCGAUUAGUGGUGAUAAGUGCACAGUGAUAGGAAGAAGCCGGAAGUGUGAUUUUGUACUGGAUGGUAAGGACAUCUCAACUGUACACUGUGAAUUGACACCUGUAUUCAACGAAGCGACGGGGAUGACCUUCCUGAACAUCGUUGACAAGAGCUCUAAUGGGACUUUUGUCAAUGGUUCAAAGAUCAGCAACGAUAAUGUGAUCUUAAAGGAUGGUGAUAAGAUCAACCUCGCAAAGAGUGGUAGUUAUGUUGUUCGAUACGGGAGAAGUCUUUUCGAUGCAAACAAGGAGAGUAGACCUACAGACAUUGCACAGACAAAGAAAAUGUUCAGCGAUUUAUACCGGAUGGGCGAGCAAUUGGGCACAGGGCAUUAUGCCACCGUGAACGAAGCGUUUGACAAGAGGACCGGCGUGGCAGUGGCCGUCAAGGUGUUCAAGCCGCAGAGAGCGGACGAUGCAAAGAGUGCAAUGCAGUUCAACCAGGAGAUGGAGGUGUUGAUGAGCAUUAAGCAUGAGAAUAUUGUGGAGUUGAUCGACGCGUUCAUCGAACCCAAUAACAAGUAUAACGUUACGACGUACUUGGUUUUGGAGAAAGUCAACGGAGGGGAGCUCUUUACAAGAAUCGUCAAGAAGCAAUUCCUACGUGAAGACGAGACUAAGCACAUCUUCAAGCAGCUCUUACAGGGGCUCUCGUAUCUACACGAAAGGGAUAUCUUGCAUCGGGAUAUAAAACCUGAGAAUAUUCUGUUAAACAUCAGAAAGAGAACAUCACCUUCUCAAGAGCAGACUGGGCCAUGGGACGACGACGAGUUGGAUGUGGAGGUGAAGAUAGCGGACUUUGGACUCUCCAAGGUCAUCGGCGAGUACGAGUUUACCAACACGCUCUGCGGAACACCUGCGUACGUUGCACCGGAGGUUCUAGGCUCCACGAGAAAGUAUUCCAAGGAAGUUGAUUUAUGGAGCUCGGGCGUGUUGCUUUACGUCUGUCUCGUGGGAUUCCCACCGUUCAGCGACGAGCUCGGCCCUCCAUCGAUGAGAGAACAGAUCAUGCAAGCCAAGUAUGCUUUCUACUCUCCAUAUUUCGACCAGAUUGACGAUUUAGCGUUGGAUUUAAUUGCCCGCCUCUUGAUGAAGGAUCCUUCCAAGCGUCUUGAUAUCCGUGGAGCAAUAGCUCAUCCUUGGUUCACUGCAUCACCGGCCACUGAGGGAAGAGCACAAGUGGAAGUAACAAGAUCGCCUGUGAAAGGUGCGCCACCAAAGACAUAUACAGAACUUUCAGCGCUACAGGAUAUGGAGAUCUCAAGCUCACCGUGAUAGUUGAAACCAUCAUAAUAAUAACAAUACUAAUCUCUGCUCAUCCUAUAGUUUUGCGAUGCCGGGGCAACCUUUGUUUACAUCUUUUGAACGGCGGCUAAUCCUAAAUCUCCUCACAGACCCACAAAGUAUAUAAACAAAUCAACAUCCCAUUUGGCGGCUAU